CUUGCCUCUGCCAUUUGCGAGCGCGCCAGGCAUGGUGGUGGCUCAGAUUGUGAAAGUCAGGAAUAACACGCUGAGGACCUUCAAUGUUACGCCCGGGGAUCUCUUCUACAAGACGAGCGUGGACGGUCAGCCGAUUGCAGAGGACUCGUUUAAGGUCCCCCCGGGCUUCGACCAGGUCACGGAGGGGCUGACGGUGCCCUGGCAGUCCGUUUCCACCACCGGUCUGGAGAUCACCGAGGCUUCAAGUGGCGCUUGCAUCAGAUGUGUGGUGGGGUCGGUGGAGACCGAAGGUGACAAUCGUGACUGGCUACAGUUCCGAAAUGCUGAUUGGGAACCCGUUGACGAGAACAGAUGGAUCCCGCUAGGCCAGCGGCACUUGCUAGGAGCUGUUGGUUCAGCGCAGGAUCUGGCCUUGACGUUUCGCGAUGGUCGCGACAAGAGCGAUCCAGAUCUUCCGUUCCGUAUCUCCGAGGUCAUCCACUUCGAAAACCCUAUGAAGGCGGCCUCACCGAAUACCGUAUUCCUCAACAUCUUCGACCUGGCGUCCUCUCUUUCCAUUCCGAACUCCAUGCUCUGUAACACCAUGUUCAACACCCUGGGCGCGUUCCAUGCGGCCAUCGAGGUUUAUGGAGAGGAGUGGGCGUUCUACCGCACGCCGAAUCCGACCUCCUGCGGUGUUUGCAAAAGCCUGAAGCCCCGGUACCACCCUGUGCAUGUCUACAGGCAGUCGGUGAAUCUGGGGAACACCAACCUCAAGGACUGGGAGGUGAGGUACUUGAUCCGAGGGAAGCUGGCGGCCAAGUGGCCCGGAGGCACCUACGAGCUCCUGAGACGGAACUGCAUCCACUUCUGCCAAGAGUUGGCUUUGGCGCUGGGUGUCAGCCCGGUUCCUGGCUGGGUGCGCGGCCUUCAUGAGACUGGUGCGAGCAUCUUCCAGAUGCCUUGGCCGCUGUCCGCAGUGCAUUCAGCGCUCUUUGGCAAGGCCAUCACCAAUGGCCGAGGCGAGGACGGAGAAGAUCAAGAUGCGACGUCGAACAUCGCUGCGACGGACGCGACCUUCACCUCGGCCACGAGCCUGGCGCGGGCUCCCUCAGCUCCCUCUGGCCUGGUGACGCACUGGCAGUCGCCAGGUCCCCGUCACAGCACUGGAUCUACUUGAGCUCGCAAAAGUUUGCACGCCGAUCGUGCAGGGCGAGAGAGAGAGAGAGAGAGAGAGAGAGAUGAAAUUCGUGUCACCCACCUUCCGAGAAAGAAAAGCUGAUGCCUUUUCGGUG